AUGUUCAUUCUAAACUGGUUCUGGGACAUCCUCGCCCAGCUUGGUCUGUUGCACAAGAAUGCCAAAAUCCUCUUCCUUGGUCUCGAUAAUGCGGGAAAGACGACUCUCCUUCACAUGCUCAAGAAUGACCGGCUAGCGACUCUGCAGCCAACCCUUCACCCUACAUCUGAGGAGCUUGCCAUUGGCAAUGUGAAGUUCACAACAUACGAUUUGGGUGGUCACCAGCAGGCUCGCCGUCUCUGGCGUGACUAUUUUCCUGAGGUUGAUGGCAUUGUGUUCCUCGUUGAUAGCGCCGACUUCGAACGAUUCGCAGAGUCUAAGGCGGAACUAGACUCCCUCCUGUCCAUCGAAGAGCUGUCCAAAGUUCCCUUCCUAAUUCUCGGAAACAAGAUUGACGCCCCUGGUGCUGUAAGCGAGGAGGAGCUCCGACACCAUCUGGGCCUAUAUCAGACCACUGGCAAGGGUAAAGUCCCUCUGAACGACAUCCGUCCCAUUGAGAUCUUCAUGUGUUCAGUCGUGCAAAGGCAGGGUUACGGCGAGGGUUUCCGUUGGUUCUCGCAAUAUAUCUGA